AAAAAACACAACUGGUGAAAAUAAUGAUGGACUUUCAACACCUGUGCGCAAGGGUUUUUUCCUUGCUGAUAGCGGUCUCUAAUGUCGCUUGUGCCAGUGGCGCGUGGAUGGCUAGAGUUGCCCCGCGGGCUCCUCCUCCAAAAAAUGCAACUAGUUUAGCAACUCGUCAGGGAAAAAGGAACACAAGCAUCGGCAAGCCCAAACUCGAUGAGAAAAGGAGAACCGGACAGGACGACGAGCAAGACGGAAACUUCGUUUCCACCCAUGAAAUAAGUAGCCGGAGAGCAGCAGCAGCGGCGCCGGCGCCGCGCCGCCGUAUGAUCCAGUUCGAAGAUGAUAGUGAUUCAGAUGACCCCGAUGCGCCGACCC